AGAAAGAAAGAAACAUACUAAAUGAAAAUUUAAAAAAAACAGAAUGAAAGAGAAAAAAGAAAUAAAAAAAGCAAUAAAAAACAGCAGGAAGAUAGCAUUAAACAUUUCGAGACUUGGUAAAAUUCCUCUCUUUUCAGUGCCUCACUAUCUGUCAAAUUUUUGGCAGUCUCUAUAAAUAUAUAUAUUGGAAAAACAAUAUUCGAAACCUAUUUCUUAGAAGAGACUGAUAUAUUUUGGAAUAACUUUCUCUUUACCAUUUUUUUUUCUUUUCUUUCCUAAAUCACAACAUAAUUUCUGUAUAUCUUCAAUUCGUACACCACACAAACAGGUGCUCACAGAUAGAUUGAUUGAUUGAUAGAUAGAUAGAUACAUACAUACAUACAUACAUGUAUACAUAGAUUGAUAUAGAUAUAUAGAUAUCUUACACAGACACACACGCGUACGCACUUAUACACGCACGCAUACGCGCAUAGAUAUAUUUUCAGAUGUUUAUUUCCCCAAUCCGAAUUUCCCAUUUCCCGUCCGCCUUUUUAACCUUGUGACAACGGUUGGAAAGAAAUAUCCGGCUAGUUCUAAAUUCUGAAGGUGGACCAUUAUAAACGGAUUGCAUUACACCGGCCAAAAAGGAAAAAAAAAAAAAGAAAAAGAACCAAAAAAAAAAGGAAAAAACACUGAUAGUCUACUUUUGACGGCUUCUUGUAGUUGUUUUUUUUUUCUUUCUUUACCUUCUUUAAAAAUGCAAAUCAAAGGUCGGUGUGAUAAAAGAAAAAUGCAAUCUGGAAGUAUAAUAUAUACACCAAAAUUCAUAACAGGCUUAGUAGGUCGAAUACAACAGAACAAAAUGUUUGUGAAACUUGCUGCCUUUUCUGGCCUGGGUGUUUUACUCGUCCACUCAGCCAGAAUACCCGUUUCUCUGGCCGGGCUGGGUGUGUUUGGUGCUUAUGUUGUUACUGGUGGAUGGCAUUUCAUAUGGGUGAUUUGCAACACGUUAGGACGAGAUCUAUGGUUUAAAGUUCAGCAACAUACAAAGAACCGUGAGACAAUCGGUACACUCUUCAAGAAGGUUGCAGACAGCCAUCCGAAUAAAAUCGCAUUUCGCAUUGAAGACAGAAUCUGGAAUUACCAGAAUGUCGAGGACUAUUCCAACACCAUUGCCAAUCACUUCCUGCGAGCUGGCUACCAUUCCGGUGAUGUUGUGGCAUUAUUCAAAGAAAGCUGCCCUGAGUAUGUUUGCAUAUGGCUAGGUCUGUCAAAAAUUGGCAUCAUCACGGCGCUGAUUAAUUUCAACCUGCGAGGAUAUUCCCUGUUGCACUGCAUAAAUGACGCACAACCCAAAGCUAUUAUUUGUGGGUCGGAAUUGGCGAAAGGUAAUGUACCCUUCCGGUCAAAUGAUCUCACAGGAGCUCUGUCAUUGAAACCUCUUAAUACAGAUAAGCUAAUGUUUAUAUACACAUCUGGGACAACUGGAUUACCAAAAGCAGCUACAAUAACCCAUUGCAGAUAUUUCUUCAUGGCGUACGGCAUCAAGCAGUUUCUCCAGGUAAAAGAGUCCGACGUCCUGUACAACACUCUGCCGCUGUACCACUCAGCUGGUGGCAUUCUUGGAAUCGGUCAAACCUUACUUGGUGGAACGACCUGUGUUAUUCGCAAGAAGUUCUCUGCCAGUCAGUUUUGGAUAGACUGUGUCCACUAUGGCUGCACUGUAUCUCAGUACAUUGGUGAGAUAUGUCGCUACCUCCUGGCUCAGCCAAACAGACCUGAAGAAAAACAGCACAAACUACGACUCAUGUUUGGAAAUGGGCUACGACCCCAGAUUUGGGAACAGUUCCAGAAACGGUUCAGCAUCGAACAGAUUGGAGAGUUUUAUGGUGCCACCGAGGGCAACUGCAGUCUGAUUAACAUCGACAACACAGUGGGUGCUGUUGGAUACACAACAAGAAUUUUACCGUUUCUCUAUCCUGUCACCUUAGUGAAAGUAGAUGAAUACACAGGAGAACCGGUGCGUGAUACAAACGGAAUCUGUGUAAAGGCAAAGCCAGGCGAACCAGGUCUGCUUGUGGGGAAGAUUGUGAAGGGAGACCCAACUCGGGAGUUUGAUGGUUAUCUCAAUCAGAAAGAAACAAGCAAGAAGAUAAUUCCUGAUGUUUUUAGAAAAGGUGACAGGGCCUUUGCCACUGGGGAUAUACUUUCUAUGGACGCCUUUGGCUACAUGUAUUUUCGAGAUCGGACAGGAGACACGUUUCGAUGGAAAGGAGAAAACGUAUCGACAUCAGAAGUAGAAGCUGUUAUAAGUAACAUUUUAAAACUGCAAGAUGUUGUAGUGUACGGGGUGGAGAUUCCAGGUGUUGAGGGUCGUGCAGAAUGGAACGGUUAUUCUAAUUUUAUUCUUUAUUUUUCGUUAGGUACAUUCAAGAUUCAGAAAACUGAACUGCGAAAGGAAAACUUCAACGUAAACCUCACAGGGGACAGAAUUUAUUAUAUGGAUAGUAGCUCAAGGAAGUAUCAGUUAAUCACUCCGGACAUCUACCAGGAUAUUUGCAGCGGGAAAAUAAGAUUUUAACAUUCCAGUAUUGUGAACAUUUUUCUAUAGAGAUAAAAAAAAAGAACAAAAAACAAAACAGUAAUGAUGAUGAUGAUGAUGAUGAUCAUAAUGAUGGCGGUGAAAAUGGUAAUAUGAUAUAAACUAGUUAGAUAUUUCCCAUGAGCAAAAGUGAAAACUAGUCGGCAAUUUGGAAAGGUUUGGUUGAAAUUUUGGGGAAUUUUUUUCCCUUGGAAAACGACCAAACUUAAUUGUGAACGCUUGCACUUUUACCAGAUUCGAACCCCUAGUUUAAAUUCAAGUCCCUUUGGUUUUCUCCUUUGUCUAAUCUUACAGAUGUACGUAUAUAUACUCUUUCUAAGAUACAGCUAUUAAUAUAAUUAUCUUCAUCUCUGACCACGUGUUUUCGUAAGGGGAGUCAACUCGAUAGUAGUACCUCCCUUGGUCACUGAAAUAUUAGUUUUACUAUCGUACGACGAGUAACAGUUGAUAGUAUCAGAUUAUGUUAGAUCUGUAAUUUAUUGUGAAAUAGAAUUUAUAAGUUGAAGGUUGGCAGUUUGGCUUCUAGGUGGACUGAGCUCACGGCUUUUGCUACCACGAAUCCCGUAACCUAAAUCCACUUUAUUUUAUAAUAAUUAUAUUUUUAAUCUAAUAAAUAUAUUUAUUUUGGAAA